CGCGUCUCGUCUCUCUCGCCUCGCGUCGGCGUCGUCUCCGAUCGCGGCGGGAUGGACGGUGGCGCGGCCCUGAACGCAUCUGGAGUCGCCGCGGCGGCGGCGGCCGGGAACGGGGUGCAGGCGGGGGCUGGAGGCGAGCGGGCGGAGGACGCGUCGAAGCAGAACCUGGCGCAGGUGACGGCCUCGAUCCAGAAGACGCUGGGCCUCCUCCACCAGCUCAACCUCAACGUCUCCUCCUUCAGCUCCGCGUCCCAGCUACCCCUCCUCCAGCGCCUGAACGCGCUGGUGGCGGAGCUGGACACGAUGCAGAAGCUCGCGGAGGGGUGCAAUAUCCAGGUCCCCAUGGAGGUCGUCAAUUUGAUUGAUGAUGGGAAGAACCCUGACGAGUUCACCAGGGACGUGAUCAACAGCUGUAUCGCAAAGAACCAGGUCACUAAGGGCAAGACCGAUGCUUUCAAGAGCCUGCGGAAGCAUCUUCUUGAGGAGCUUGAACAAGCUUUUCCUGAGGAUGUAGAAGCAUACAGGGAGAUACGUGCUACUUCUGCUGCUGAAUCAAAAAGGUUGGCUCAAUCCCAGAGCACUUUGCCUAAUGGUGAUGUCAAAGUGAAACCAGAGCAUUGAAGGACCUAACUGCAAAGGGCAAGGUACUUAAGUUUGGUGAUUUCUUCUAAAGUGUGGUGGAUGCUAUGAUGUUGAGCUACUGAGCUACCGUGGAAUUUGCUACGAUCUUAUGGAACUUAAGGGGCGGAAGAUUAUACUACGCAUACAAGACCGCAUUAAAUUACAAGUAAAGCUUGAUCUUGACAUCAACCUGGAAUAUUAUGUAUAUAAGCAAAGCAUAUAUGAGAUGCAGAGUAUCUUCAAGACGUAACAAUGACUUGUAGCGAGCAAUCGUAUGACGUAGUGCAUAUGUUUAUGUUGAAAGAUAUGUGUGAGAAUAUUUUCUAGUAUGGUUAGCUGAGAUCAUUUUCUCUUCUUCCUUCUUUGAUAACUGUACUGCCCUCAGUCUUUGGAUUGCUCCAAGCAUGGGAGCUUUUUAUAUUAA